CGGGCUCUCUCCUCCCUUUCCGCUGAGCGCAGGGGGAGGAGCGGCGGCGGCGGAGUCCCCGGCCGGAGCGGAGCUGCCCCGCCGGGACCGAGGGAGGGGAGCGAGCCGGGGGGUGGCCGUGCCGCCGAGGGGGCUGAGGGAGCCCCGGCGGUCUCGUUCCAGCUACAGCCCGGCCCGGGCGCGGCGGCCGCCGGCAGCCCUCGCGGGGCGAGGGCGCCCCCCAGCGGCGGGGCGCGGAGCGCGGGGAGCGGUGCUGAGGGCUGCCCGCGCGCCGCCGCUCGCUCUCUCCUCCUCAUCCUCCGGGGGCCGGGGCCGCCGGGCCGGGGCGCAGCUCCGCACCGCACCGCACCGCACCGCACCAUGCUGCCUUCGCUCUGCCCGCGCCGCUCCGCCUGAGGGGGCCGGGGACAGCCAUGCAGCCGGCGCUCCGCUAGCUGAGGAGCGCGGCUCGGGCCGGAGCUCCGCGGCCAGCCAGCCCCUCCGCAGCGCGCGGCACCGGCACCGGUACUGACGGCACCAUGAGGAACGGCGAUGAUCUCGAGGGCUUCGACGGCGAGGCGUCCAGCACCUCCAUGAUCUCGGGGGCCAGCAGUCCCUACCAGCCCACCACGGAGCCCGUCAGCCAGCGCCGCGGGCUGGGCGGCCUUCGCUGCGACCUGGACUACCUGCGGGGCACCUUCGGCAGGCUCAAGCUGGCUGAGGUGGUUUUGGCACUGAUUGCUUUCAUCUGUAUAGAGACCAUCAUGGAAUGCUCCCCUUGCGAAGGCCUUUAUUUCUUCGAGUUUGUGAGCUGUAGUGCAUUGGUGGUUACUGGAGUUCUGUUGCUUAUGUUCAGUCUAAACCUUCACACAAGAAUACCGCAGAUCAACUGGAAUCUUACUGAUCUGGUCAACACUGGACUCAGCACUUUCUUCUUUUUCAUUGCCUCUGUAGUACUUGCUGCUUUAAACCAUAAAACUGGAGCAGAAAUUGCUGCUGUGAUAUUUGGUUUCUUGGCAAUGGCAGUGUAUGCUGUGAACACAUAUUUAGCUAUUAAAAAGUGGCGAAUGAGCAGCAGACAACAAAGUAGUCGGCAGACCAGUGAUUACAUACGUGCUCGGACAGAAUCCAGAGAAGUAGAUCAUCGCCCUGAGAUUCAGCGUUUGGAUGCAUGAAGCGACAUUCAAAUGGGACUGCAAAGGGAAAAGAAGUGCUUAACUCCGUCAUGGAAUAAAGGGGUUUUUCUUUAAGGAAGAAAAGGAAUAUCAGAUGGUGGCAAAGAAUGCCCAGCCCUGCAUACGUGCAGAGAUGCAUUGAGUCAGAAGCUGUUGUGAAGGCAGUAAAUGUUGGUCAUUCAAAAACAAGAUCUGUUUAAGACAUCCACAUAUAUAUACAUAUAUUAUAUAUCUUAUAUAGUAUAUAAUAUGUGUUUUGCAGGAUGUUAUUAUUUUGGAUUAACUGCACAAUGCUUUCCUUUCCUGUCCCAAGUGCAAGGUCUUGAAUAUACAUGUUCUGCCAUUGUUUCAUCUAUUGUAAACAUUGAGACUCAGCACCACAUUGCUUGGUUAAUAUAAGAAAGAAGUCCACCAAAAGUACAUUUAAUAUGCACGAAAAAGAAGUCAGGGCAAAGAGCAAUAACUUUAGCUAUGUAUUGUGUCCACCAAACUCUGUAUCCAUCCUCAUGCAGCCUUGGCAGUGCAGCUCAGUUCUCAUCUGCAAGAUCUCCUGCUGGUGUUAAGUAGUGCACUUACAUAGCUGAAAUGGACAACCAUUUCACAGUUUUUGGUUGAUGGAGUUACCCUAUGGGUUACUCUGGAAUUGCCAUAUUCAGUUCAUGCAUGGUCUUGGCCAGAUCUGAAUUUGUGCAGAAUUAGCAUGUUUUCUGAAUGGUCACCAUAAUGCAUCAAGUGCAAGUAUGUGGUUUUUCUGCUAAUGUUGGGAUACAUUCUAUUUUUCAUUCCAAACUGGGAAAAUAAAUAAGCUUGGGAGACAGGGUGGAGAAAAGGGGUUGAGCGGCACAGUAGAUAAAGGAGUUGUCAUCCAGUAGAGUUGCAUUCCAGUCAUGGCUUGCUUUUUUUUUCUGGGGUAGUGGGUUUUGUUGAGUUUUUUUGUUUGUUUGUUGUUUUUGAAGGUUCAACUUUUCUGAGAAGCCUUGGGUAAGCAAGAACUAGGGAAAAAUCAUCAUGGCUUAUAAAGUGUUUCUACGGUUGCAAUAUUGUGAUUCAUGUAAGAUAAAUAUUUUCCUUUUUGGAGGGUUGUUUGUUUCUCCUCAAAACUGUUGGUAGUAGGUAAGACUGAUUUUAAAAAAAAAAAUAAAUUGGCUGUUUCUGCAGAUUUUUUCCCCUAAUAUGUCUUUGGAAAAUGAGUUGAGAUAAUUGGAGGAUAAUAUGGUUGUAUUGAUUUGUUCAGAAAUAGUUUUACGUAACUGAAGUUUUUUAAUUUCAAUUUUACUUCGAGUGAAGAGAAGGAUAUUUUCUCUACUCAAAAUUUGAAUUCUGCAGUAAUCAGUUAGACAAUAUCAUAAUAUUAUUAGGAAGAUGUCCCUUGAUAUUUUUGGUUUUUCUUUAUUACUGUUUUUAUGUAUGUAAUCCAUUAUUUGGCAUAUGCAUGCCUACAUGUUACAUGAAGAACAUGUAGGAGAGAUGAUGGUGAGAGAUUAAUUCCUUUCUGGUGUAAGCCGAUGAAAUCUUUGAAAUUAGCAGAACUGUAUGCCACGUAUGCCUGAACUUCUCACAUUUCACUUGAAUGCUUUUUGUAUUGUGUUCUUAUGUAGCUGUAUACUCUGAAGUGGAUGAAUGCCGUUAACUGGAGUCUUAAGAACAAACGGCAAUGCGUUGCAAUAGGUCACUUUUAAAUAUGAAAGCCGGGUUAUACCAAGCAAAAGAUGAAUAGAAGUGCUUGGGCUUUUUUAAUACUGGAGGGAACUGGGAUAGCGACAGGUGUGAACUGAAUGCUGCAAGGUUUGAAUCAAGCAACAGAGAAUUAUUUUGAUGUGUGAAAAACUGGUGACAAAAAUGAUGUAUAUUCAUUUUCAAUUUACUGAUGUCUACAGUGCAUUUCAACUUAGGCUAAAUGGACAUUAAAAUUCAGAGAGUUACUAAUGAGGUUAAAGAAAUCUUGCAUUUUCUUAAGGAGCAAUGGUUUGCCAGUUACUAUAGUAACAUGUUGUAUGUCAUUGCAAGUUAAUGCCAAAGGGAACACCAGUUUAAAAAAAAUCAAGCCAUUUAAGCCACCCUCUAUUGUUGGGUUUAGACAUUUUAUUCAGACGAUGUCUCACCGGGAUUACUGUGUGUUUCAUGAAAAGUAAAUGACAGUUCCAUGUUCAGUGUGGUACGAAAUAACGAAGUUUUUUAUUGCCAGUACAGUGGUUAUUUUUCAGCAUUUUGCCUAGUAUUGGCAAAGUUUGCAAGGAGAGUUUGUAGAAAUUGUCAAUUAUUAAAAGAGCCUUUCUAAAGGAGGCAUGAGCAUUUCUAGACUGGAAUUUUAAACUGGCAAAAAGGAGUUUGUAUGGAGAUUGUUUAAAAAAAAAAAACCCCAAACCACACCAAAAAAAUCCAAACCCCCCUGCUCAAAUACAGAAUAUUAUCCUCCAAAAAAUCCAUGCUUUUAAAGUGGAAUCCUCAUAUGAAAUCAAGAAACAGAAGUGAUGCACAGCAAAGGCUUUUCAUUACGAGUGUAUCCUGUUUGCUGGUUAAUGGCAAGGACUGAAAUGGAACUCCCUGUUCCUCUCCUGUAUUCCCUGGGCUGAUGCUGUUUUUUCAGAGGUGUGGAAGGUCUUAUGCAUCUGUACGUUUAUGAACUUGGUAUCUUUCAAAUCCUUACACCUUCCCUUACCUAGAAGCAGGAUAACUUCACCAAGCUUUUCCUGGAGUGAGAUCAUGAAAACCUUUUGUUACCUUUUAGCUGGAAUGACAAAUGCAGAGUGAUACAGUUAUACUUCUAAUACAGCGUAGUACUUCAUUGUGUAGUAUGGUAUACCUGAAUGACCUUGAGUGCUUUUACAUGUGAAAUAAGUUUUCCUGAGCUGAGAACAGUAUGCCAUUAUUUAUUCCUUAUAUCAUGACUUGAGUUUAGCACAGCUUUCAGGGUAGAAUUCAAAGAGAAUACUAAUUAAAAAAAAAUACUAUCUGAUACACUUUGUAAAAACAGAAAAACAAAUGUAAAUUUGUAAUUUCCUUUUUUUGGGGACCAAAGAUGAUUUUAGUGUUACACAGUAUAUACUUUCUAAAAAUCGAAGUUAAGCAUUUAUUACUCUAUGGAGACAUUAUUUACCAUUUGGAUUAUAUAGAAGGGAGAUAAAGUAGCUGAGAGACACAAUUAAAUUUGAAACAUCAAUUAUCAUAUGAUAUAUACAUGGUUGAUUCUCCUAACUAAUUUUACAUGGGGUAUUGAAGAGGUGGUAAUAUUUUAAGACUGCUAUUCAAACUACAAUUGUCAUAACAAAGUUCCGAAGGAAGAAAGUAGCGUAGAAAGUUUAAAUUUUUUUUUUUUGAAACUUGCUCAGAAAAGCAACAUUAAAUUACUCCUCCCAGACAGUUAGUCUUGCUUGUAAUUGCUGAGCAUAUCAGGAUAAUUUCAUUUAGUCCUUAAGGGUGCUGUUCAGCUCCAUAAAGGGACUCAAACCCCACUAUAAAUAAAACUAAAUUAAAGCUAAACAGUUGAACCUUGUAGGAACAGGUGCUGAAAACUGUAAUGGUUCUGAUUAGUCGUCUUCCGUCAAACAGCGCUCAGAUAUGCAAUCUCCAUGUAUUUCUGCAUGUAGAAAUUUUGAAACCUAUGCACAGACAUAAUUAAAACAUAAGAUAUGAUUGGAGCAGCAUCAUAGUAACUGUUGUAUAGUGUUGUAAGAAUAUAUGGUUUCCGUUUAAUACUACCUAUGCUCAGUUUUUCAGCCCUAGUUCAUUUAUCAUACAUUCCUGUAAUGAUGUGCAAACUGCCUACAAUAGAAGUUUCUAAAACCAUAAUUAAGAACUGAUUUGACAGUUUCAUUGCUUCUUAGUAAAGUUGAUUCUUUUUUACUCUCCACUUGUUCCUUUCAUUUCAUAUAUUCAUGCCUCAUCUAUCUUAUAUUUUAAUAUUUAAUUCUUGUUAAGCCUCCUUCACUGAUCUGUAUAGUGUCUGCUUCAGCAUAAGGGAGACAGAAUACUGCGUCCAACAUCCUUUUGCUUAAGUAUGUUAUCUUCCCUUUUAUGAUAGCUUAUGAUGUUUGGGCUGGAUGUACUGGGGAGAUUUUUAUUCUUUCCCCUAGGACUUUGGAAGCUAGGUGGUAUACUGCAUGUGUGUCAGUGUAAGCGUUCUGGUAGGAGCCACAUGCUUAGUGGUUGAGAGGAUUAGAGAUUCAUCUACCUCUGCCUUUUUUGAGAGACAAGGUACUGUCUCUAGAGAUUUCAUGCCUGUAUUUCAGUCUGUGCUAUUCAUCCUGGCCUUUGUAUUCAGAAGCAUGGUACCAGCAAUGAGCUGUGCCUUGGAAGCAGCACCUCAUCUUUUGCUUAUGUCUCUUACAUGUGAAUUUAAAUAAAAUCAGUAAUGUGGGGUGCUUCUUCAUAGGCUUUAUCACGCCUUUCAUUGCAUCUCAUGAUAUGAUCUAUAAUUGUUUUAUCUGUAUUUCAUUUUUGGUUCUAGAAAGAUGGGAGAACUUGGGAAAGUUUCUAGUCUUCCCUAAGAAAAUAUUAUUUUACUGUUUGGUUCCCCCCUACCCCCCAUGAAUUAUUUUGUACUAUAUAAUGAUUGCCCCUCCCUAACGCAGCAAACUUACUGGUUCUUAAAGUGCUGUGGAACACAGCAGGAGAAUUGAUCUGCUACAAGCUGCAUGUGGACUGUUAUGAGUGAAUUAACCACUAGUUUUCCAUGAACUUUAAGGUCCCUAAACAAAUUUGGUAUUUGUCAACUUUGUGCUAUUUUGGGGAUGUGCAGGCAUAGCAAAUGCUUAUCUAAUAUGUGAUUUUUAUAAACGUAAUCCUGCCCCCCCCCCUUAGUCCUUGUUCUGUAUCGGUUAUUUUCUUGUCUCAUGACAACUUUGUAGACACUCCUACUUGUUAUCUUUUGGGGUGGGGGGAACCCAAACCAACUACCCAACAGAAGAAAUAAUAAUGCUUUUGGGCCGUAAUUUAAACAACCCCAACCUUAAGAGCUAUUCAAAUAGUGUAGAAAAUAAUAUCCUCUCUCCUACUCAGAUAAGGUGCUGCACAGCUUUGUAGAUGAAAAUCAGAGCAUAAACAAUGGGUCUUACGCUGAAAGCUCUAGAGCCAAAAAUCUUCAGCAGGUAUUUAGGACAAAUAAAAAGGUAGGCACAAUCUGAUCAUGAAUUUGAGAUGUGAUAAAGGGUGAGAAGGAGAGAGAAACCCAAACUUGACGCUUAGUAAUCCAGUACUUUCAAAAUUAUAUGUGAACAUUAAUAAUCCCAAACCGCAGAAUAUAAAAUUGCUUCUGUAAUCUAGUGAAGGAGAGAGAGACACCUUGAAUCCGUAGUAAAGUAGGUGUAGAAGUGUUUCUCUGUUGCUAACUCUGGGGCCGUGCUGGCUGUGUAAUACAGUUGGAGAGAUUCUACGCCGCCAUUAAUGGUGCAUCUUGAGACCUGAGGUAUGUUGACAAAUCAAUGUGAUUAUUAAAUAACUUCUGCUCAGCUGAAGUGUAGUAGUUGGUUCACAGAGACCUGCAGGAUGUAAAUGCUUGCAUUGGAAGGGUUCUGUGUAUCUAGAAGAAAGGAUAGUUUCAGAGUAAUUUUUGCUCAGUCCCACUGAAAUAAAGCAGUCGCAUAGCAUUUUUGAAAAUUGGGUACUUAGUUCUUGUUGUUCAUAGCAUUAAAUAAUGGAUUGUUUGGAGGGCCAAUAAAGCUCAGAAAGACUGUGCAAACAGAUGGGUAUGUGAAUUUUAAUGGCAACAAAAGUAAUAAUUGGAAAAAGUGAAAUAGGUACAAAACCCAGCAGAGUGCUUGAAAAUAGUUGUAGAAAUUAUGCCAUAUUCCUCUUUAUUUUAACAGAGGGAGUUGGUUAAAAAUGAAUUUAUACAAAUAUUCAGGAAAUCUGUGAAUGCCACUUUGGAGUGUUUCCUGGUCUAUUGAUUUCCCUGUUAGCCACUUAGCCACCUGGGUGGAUAUGUCUGACAGAGUGCAGUGCUGAUCAGCCUGAAAGAGUUCCUUUGUUUUGGUUUUAUUUUUGUGUUGUCUUUUUAAAAAUCUGUGUCUAAUUUAACCAUUUGUAUUCUAAAAUAAUCUUUUAAAAAAUCUGCUUACACUGUGAUUUAUGAUAGCCUUUAAUUUAGAGUAUACAACACAAUCUAGUUUUGUUUUGGGAUAUGCAGCUUUCAAAAGUGUUCUUAUAUAUGCCCAGAAAUGAAAGUUGUCUAUUUAUCAUGAAAAUGUGAUUAGAUGAAGUUACCUAUCCAGAACCCCAGUACAGCUCUUCCAAAUGUGCUGGAUGGAUGAGUUAGUGAAAUUGCCUUUUAAUCUCUAUGGGUUAAUAAAUAUUUUUUUAUAACUAGCCGCAGAUAUUCCUUUUUAAAUUAUACUUGGCAAACAGAAGAUAUUUAAUUUUAUAUACAAUAUACAUAGUUACCUUGAAUGACAUAUUUAUAACAUAGAGCUUUGUGUUUACUAUGAAGGUUUUAUCUGUAUACCAUGGACUUAAUGGGUAAAAAUAAAAAAAAAAAACGCAUAUGGAAGGAUAUGGAAACUAUCUUCAUGAAAUCAGAAUGAGGACACAGGAGCAUUUCAAUAAGCAAUAGCCAGAUCAUAUUAACCGAGUAUCUGGGGUUUUUCUUAUUUUUUGAUUGGGGCUGGUCCCUACAGCUGUUUUAACACCUGGAUGUGCGUAACCGAAUGAAAUAGACCAUCUGCCUCUUCUGACUGUCAUGGACUAUUGUCUAUAAUGUGGGAAGUUUCAGGGUAUUGUGUUUGUUUUGCUUUGGACAAAUGUCUCAGUAGACAUAUUUAAUUAAAACCUUCAUGUGUUUGAAAGAAAAUACCCUCUCUUAACUAGGCUGAUUUAUCACUUUUGGUAACCUUUUAAUCCCCAAAGUAUUAUUUGAGAUUAAAGGUCUAAAUGUCUAAAUAUUUUUAGUAAUGUUAUGUUUAUCCUGAUGUCUACAGGUUAAAGUGGUUCUGGCCAGCACCCUUUUAUUACAACAAUUGCUACCUUCAUUUUUCUACUGUUUAUACUUUAAUCUUGAAUGUUUACCGGUUUCUACUUGUUGGAUAUUGUGGAGGGAGAGUGUAUCUUAGCACUACAGUUCAUCCAGCUUUAACUCAUACAUCACAGUUUUGGAGUAAGAAAAUAUUUUGAUUUAUAUAUUGUGGCCAAUUUAUUGCAUUUUAAAAUUAUUUCUAUACUUAAGACACAACAUUUAUGACAUAAUAUAACAAAUGACUUAGCUAAUCAUUAUAUCUGUCUAGACUUACUCUCUUCUGUGUUAGUGUCAUUUUGAAACUAUUUGUAUAUUUUGAAGUUUGUAAGGGUUCGGGAACCCACAAUAAAAUAGUAAAGUAUGUAUUUAUUUCUCACUAUAAUGCUCAAUUUUGAUUUGAAAGUUGACACUUUGUAUGUCUUUUCACAGAAUUGUAAACAAAUACCGAAAAAACUGCUUCACCUAGUGUGCCUUCCAUGUGUGGUAUAAGCACUUGUCAUUCACAAAAAUAGAGAUGUAAAUUUAUUAAACCAGUAAACACUAUUUUUGUAAUGUGAGUCACUAAUGCAUCUCUGGCUUCAUUGUGCUUUGUUUCCACUAAUACCAGUUUUAUGGCUACUGCAGUCACUGCUUUCCCUCUGUGCACUAAAUAGUAAAUCUGUAUUAUGGUGAAUCAAAAGAUUGUAUUACUUUUGCUCUGCUCUGCCUUCAGCUGCUGCCUGGAAGAUGGAGACAAAGCGGGUUCUUGAUGUAAGCUAGAAGGUAUUGAAUUUCUUUCCCUGAGACUUGUGUAAAGAGAUGCUCAGUGCGGGAUAUCUGUAUCCUCAGUACUGAUUCUGGGUCCUCUAGAAAAACAUAGCAGGUGUGAUCUAAACAUUCAGAUUCUAGCUCAUCAUUUAUGGUGUCCAAGGAAGGAGCAUCCAGGCCUGGCUGAAAGACUUUAUCCCUUGGGGGUACAGGUCCUAUACUGACAGAUUUGUAAUUGUGAACAGCUCAGAAGUAUUAGUUGAAAUAGUGGGUUAGAAUUCCAUCUCAGACUGAGCAAAGGGGAUGCAAUUUCCUUUUAUUGUAUGAGCACAGGUCUGCUGUAUAAUACCCUUGGUAUUUUGCUUUUCAAGUAAGAAAAAUUGUAAUGUUUUACCAAGGAGAAUCUUACAAACACACUCUAUGUGUGAAUGCAGAACCUCUUGUCCGUACUCAGGCAAAAUUCCCUGUUGACUUAGGCGACUGCAGAUCAGGUACCUGUUUAUCACCAAACCCUGAUCAAGGAUCUGAAGAAUAUCACAGGUUAGCAAAUGUUCAUAUAGAGACAAUUUACAGCCUUGAAGCAAUUUCACAUUUUCUUAAGUGUUCCUGAAGUUCUCAAACUGCACAUGAGGCCAGCUGAUAAAAUAGACGCUUUCUGUAGUGGUACCUACCAGCUGUGAUCACUGUCCCCUCAGUAUCGACAGCUGUAACUUACAUGUGUAAGUGUAGCAUCUUCCGGCUCUGUAUGUGCAAGUUGUGCUGUUAAUGCUUGACCAGUUUCAAAGGCACAGUAACUCCACAAGAAAACAUAACCUCCAGCUUGUUCUUACACCAGUCAUGAUUUUUCAGGAUGUUGUGUGCUUCUUUUCUGUUUUUUAUGCUAAUCAAAAACACAAGCUGAAGAAUUGUAAUGGCUUACAAUACAGAAAUCAGUCUUGUUUUUAAAAUCCAUACUGUUAUAAUUUAAAUGGUGUAUUUAUCAGUUUUAAGUGUAAUUUUGCUUUUCUAGUCUCAUAUAUGUGCACAAUACUUUUUGUAAAUUUUUUUUUAAUUUAGUUGUCUCUCUGAUAUUUGAAGAUUUGAGCUCUAUGGAUUUUCAUGGUAGUCUUCUGAUCAUGUCUUCAUAGUGGUAAAAGCCUGUAUUUUUGUAUGUAGGGAAAAUGGUAGUUUUCUAACGCUUAUCUUGAUCAAUAUAGUAUGGAAUCAUUUGUGAAGGACUUUCUGUUUAAUAAAUGGACAUAUUAAAGUACUAAAA